UCAAACUGAGCACUUGCUGUCCUGAGGAAGGAACACACAUUUGACUAGACUGUAUCUUCUCUAAAGAUGUGCUGCGCAUCAAUUCAUCUCCUCAUUGGUGCCUUAUUUGUCUUUGCUGUUGAAAAUGAGGCAACAACAAUGAUAAGCAGCACAGAAAUUACCACUGCUCCAGUUUCAAUGUUUAUUGACAACACCACCCUAAUCAAUAAAACAUCAGAGGGCUUUCUAGACAACUUUACCACUCCAAACUCCACUGUCGCCCUGUCAAACACGACGGAUGGAAAUACCACGUCAGAAUCACCUACUCCUCCGCCCUCAGAACAUCCGCAGACCAAGAAUUACACCACAGACAAACCUCUGAAAAAGGAUUCACAAUCAAGCACAAAAAAUAUGAUCAAAAGCACAGCAGGCAAAACAACCACAACUCGAGCAGAAAAACCUGGCAAAAACCAUGGACCAACUUACAUAAUUAUCCUGAUUAUAGUUGUUUUGUGCCUCUCUGGGGCAGUAGUUUAUUGUUGCCUUCAAAAGAACUCCAGGAAGUACUCUGUGGACUUACAUCCCAAACAAGAAGAUGCUCAGAUCCCACUCAGCACAGUGGAUGUAGAGGUGUUUGACACCACAUCAGUCAAAGAUAUACAAACAUUCACUCCUGUCGAGUCCACCGAGCCGCUUAAGGACCCAGCGCCUGUGAAGGAAGCUGAAAAGCCUGAGGGAGGGAAAGAAUCAGCUGAUGUUAAACAAGAAAACCAACCAAAUGUAUCCAGCACUCAGGCCACAGUGAACACAAAGGAUAAAAUGGAUGGGCUGACCGCAGUGGAUCUGACUGAUAGAGAACUGACGAUCUCCACCAAAACUUCAAUGGAAUCCCUAGAUGAUGCUCUCAAUGAAAACAACAGCAACAAUACAGGAGCUGAAGUCAACGGCAAUGGGCAGGAAUUCACUGAAAUCUCUAUUGAUACUUUACUUCUAAAAUAAAUCAGCCUUUUCCCAACAUUUUACAAUGAUCUCUGAACCAGACAGAAGGAUUUUUUAAACUGGAAGCAAAAGCUGAACUAAGUUGUAAACUAUGCGAGUCAUUGUUAGAACAAUGUUGUUUGCAUAUACAGUACAUACAGUACUAUGAAAAGUCUAACAGGGCCCAGUGUACUGUGUUGAUGAUAUAAUGUAACUUUCUUUAUAAUUUUUUUUCUUGUGUUUUACUCAUAUUUUGAAUUGCAUUGUGUUGUUUAAGGGUUAAAGGAAAUAUACUGUACAUACGUAAACUUAACGGAGAAACUUAAUGGAGUUAGUACCUUUACAGUUAGCAUAAUAUUACCUAUUAUGUUUGAUUUUAAUAUAGUAACUAUUUUAAACCUAAUUUAUGAAAAUCUAAUCUAAUCUUAAAAGGAUAAUUUUGUAAAUUUUCAACCAGCUUUGUAUUGUUGUCGACUAUAUAUGUAAAUGAAGAAUGUGUACUCUUUCUCCGUGUUAUUGGACCCAGAUAUCCCCGUUUAUUUUCCAAGCAAAAGGAUGCUUGGAAUUUGAAUCGACAGAGCAUAUAUAUCAAUAUAUAAAAUAUAUAAAAAUCAAAAGUGUAUUAUGAGUGUUGACGUUUAUGGCUACAGGGAUAUUUGUACAUUGUACAUUGAAUACAUUUUUAAUUAAAAUAGAUAUGUGUAAAGGAAGUUAUGUAAAGGAAAUCUCAUCAGAGUGCUAUAGAGCUCACAGUUCCUCUGUUGUAUGUAUAUGCAUGUUAUAAUGCCUAUAACUGUUAACUGUAAAACUUAGACAUUCGCAUAAUACAACUUUC